AUGCUGAUUCAAGGAGAGAAGUGGGCGUGCAGGGCCUGUGCACGAGGUCAUCGUGCAAACAGCUGCCAGCACAGCGGUAUGUCAUUCUCGGCUUCGGGUUGCCGACCACUGUUUAUGAUAAUCCUCUGCUGCAUAUCAAAAAGAAAGGGCGCCCAGUCUCACAGUGCGCGCAUUGCCGGGGCCUUCGAAAGUCUCGAUCAACCCAUGUCAAAUGUGAAUGUGGUGAUAAAGAAAAGGCGCACAGUGAGGGGGACUGCUAUGCGACGGGGGAAUAAGUUUCUAUCUGUGAGCAACGAAUUGGGGAACCCCGUAGAUCACCACCAACGUUGCUGCUGCUCUCAUGGCCAACCUUGCAAGUGCGCCUCAAAGAAAGACUAUCAUCACGAUAACGUACCCCAGGACAUACCCCAGGACAUACCCCAGGCCUGUGUCUCCAUGUCACAACCGACGAUAACGGAGCUGCGUAAGCCUCGGCUCACUCCAAUUCAGUCUGAGAGAACCCUGGCGAUAUCAAAGGCCGACCACGACGAUCCUGCACACAAGCGUAAUGAUAUGGCUCCCAACGGUGAAAUACCCAACAUCAAUUCCCGGACUCACAUCAGCCACUCGCCUUCAUACGUGGCUUGUCGCUCGCUGGACCAUCUGCUUCCGUCGGAACAAAAUGUGUCCGUCAACGACGAGAUUUCGGCGCACAUCGAGGGUAUCUCUAGAACUCAGAGUACUCCCCGCGUUAACUUCGAGAAUGACUUCAUACAUAUGGCUUCAGUACAGCCUCUCGACCAGAGCAACAAUCCGAGUUCCCCACCAAACAUGGAUCCAUGUUCCAUAUUUAGUACCGCGAGCCUUUCGCAGACUGAAAAUUUGCCCUUCAGAGGGCAACCAAACAAGCGGUUCGACAACCAAUUCGACCGCUAUCUUGCGGUCUCACAGGAACAUGAUGCACUUCUGCACCCCGCGAUUCGGAGUGCUCCUUGGAUGGAUUGGCCCACCUUCAAUGAGUCUGGUGCAAAAUCCUACUCAACUUCUUAUAGUCAGCCUCUAUCGUAUGCGAGCUUUUUUGACCCCUAUUUCGGCUUUCCUGAUCUCGCCCCCUUGUCGGACGAUAUCCCGGAAGUAGAUGAAUUUUUGCCAUUUCUCACCAUUGAUGGUGCACCCAAUAACGACGCCUACGGAUUGGCCAGCCGUAGUGACGACUCCGAAUCAGAUCCGAGUCACAUCACUCUUUUUUCCGACGGUGAUACGACCCAUGCAGCCUCUAGCAACGAGCAAUCUGAAGUCCGUCGACAUUGA